CGCGCGCCCCUGCACCCCCGCGCGCUCCCGAAGUGGGCCUCCUGCGCCGCAGCGACGCCUCCUCCUCUUCCUCUCCAGUCGUUGCAGCCUAGCAGUGGCCGUUCGUCCAGCAUGAGCUCGGACAUGGCAGCCGACGAUACCGAGGCCCCAGUGCUUUCGGAGGACGAGGUAUGGGAGUUUUGCGUGGAUAAGACAGAAGAGGGUGGCGGAUCCCCUGGAAGUGAUGUCACAGACACUUGCGAUCCGCCGUGUGGAUGCUGGGAGCUGAAUCCGAAUUCCCUGGAAGAGGAGCACGUGCUCUUCACUGCUGACCCAUAUCUGGAGCUCCACAAUGACGACACUCGAGUUGUGAGAGUGAAGGUAAUCGCUGGCAUAGGCCUAGCCAAGAAAGACAUCUUGGGAGCCAGUGAUCCUUAUGUAAGAGUGACAUUGUAUGACCCUAUGAGCGGAGUCCUUACCAGCGUGCAGACAAAAACCAUCAAAAAGUCUUUGAAUCCAAAAUGGAAUGAAGAAAUACUGUUCAGAGUGGUUCCACAGCAGCACCGAAUUCUUUUCGAAGUGUUUGAUGAAAAUCGGUUGACACGAGAUGAUUUCCUGGGUCAAGUGGAUGUCCCUCUCUAUCCUUUACCGACUGAAAACCCAAGAAUAGAGAGACCAUAUACAUUUAAGGAUUUUGUUCUUCAUCCAAGAAGUCACAAAUCAAGAGUUAAAGGCUAUCUGAGAUUAAAAAUGACUUAUUUACCUAAAAAUGGCUCAGAAGAUGAGAACGCAGACCAGGCUGAGGAGUUGGAGCCUGGAUGGGUUGUUUUGGACCAACCAGAUGCUGCCACCCAUUUGCAGCAUCCACCAGAGCCUUCUCCCCUACCUCCAGGAUGGGAAGAGAGGCAGGAUGUCCUUGGAAGGACCUACUACGUAAACCAUGAAUCCAGAAGAACACAGUGGAAAAGACCAAGCCCUGACGAUGACCCCACAGAUGAGGAGAACGAUGAUAUUCAGCUGCAGGCACAGCGAGCAUUUACCACCAGACGGCAGAUUUCAGAGGAUGUGGAUGGCCCUGACAGCCGGGAGUCCCCCGAGAAUUGGGAACUACUACGAGAAGAUGAAAAUGCCCAAUAUAGCGGUCAGGCUGGCCAGUCACCACCAUCGGGUCACGUAGAUGUGCCAACUCGCCUUGCCGAGGACUUUGAUACCAAACUCGCUGUGUAUGGAAAUCCAGCCACCAGCCAGCCAGUCACCAGCUCAAAUCAUUCCAGCAGAGGAGGCAACUUGCAAACCUGUAUCUUUGAGGAACAGCCUACGCUUCCUGUGCUUUUGCCUACUUCAUCUGGAUUGCCACCAGGUUGGGAAGAAAAACAAGAUGACAGAGGAAGAUCAUACUAUGUAGACCACAACUCUAAGACCACCACAUGGUCCAAGCCCACCUUGCAGGAUGAUCCAAGAUCGAAAAUUCCUGCUCAUCUGAGAGGAAAGACAGCAGACUCAUCUAAUGACCUGGGACCCUUACCUCCAGGCUGGGAAGAAAGAACCCACACAGACGGAAGAGUCUUCUUCAUAAAUCACAAUAUAAAAAAGACUCAGUGGGAAGAUCCUCGCGUGCAGAACGUGGCAAUAACUGGACCAGCGGUGCCAUACUCCAGAGAUUACAAGAGAAAGUAUGAGUUCUUCAGAAGGAAGCUGAAGAAGCAGACUGACAUUCCAAACAAAUUUGAAAUGAAGCUUCGCCGUGCAAACAUUCUGGAGGAUUCUUACCGGAGAAUUAUGGGUGUGAAGAGAGCUGACUUCCUCAAGGGACGACUCUGGAUUGAGUUUGAUGGUGAAAAGGGCCUUGAUUAUGGAGGAGUUGCCAGAGAGUGGUUCUUUCUCAUCUCAAAGGAGAUGUUUAAUCCUUAUUACGGCCUGUUCGAAUAUUCUGCUACGGAUAAUUACACCCUACAGAUAAAUCCUAACUCGGGCUUGUGUAAUGAAGAUCACCUCUCAUACUUCAAGUUCAUUGGUCGUGUGGCUGGGAUGGCAGUUUACCAUGGCAAGCUGUUGGAUGGGUUUUUCAUCCGCCCGUUUUACAAGAUGAUGCUUCAGAAACUGAUAACACUGCAUGACAUGGAGUCUGUGGAUAGUGAAUAUUACAGUUCUCUGCGAUGGAUUCUUGAAAAUGACCCAACAGAACUGGACCUGAGAUUUAUCAUAGAUGAAGAGCUUUUUGGACAGACACAUCAACAUGAACUGAAAACUGGUGGGUCAGAGGUUGUUGUCACCAAUAAGAACAAAAAGGAGUAUAUCUACCUUGUAAUACAAUGGCGAUUUGUGAACCGAAUCCAGAAGCAAAUGGCUGCUUUUAAAGAGGGAUUUUUUGAACUGAUACCACAGGAUCUCAUCAAGAUAUUCGAUGAAAAUGAGCUAGAGCUGCUCAUGUGUGGUCUGGGAGAUGUGGACGUGUCUGACUGGAGGGAACAUACAAAAUACAAAAAUGGCUACAGCUUGAACCACCAGGUCAUCCACUGGUUCUGGAAGGCUGUUUUGAAGAUGGAUUCAGAAAAAAGAAUACGCUUACUUCAGUUUGUUACCGGCACAUCUCGUGUGCCUAUGAAUGGAUUUGCUGAACUCUAUGGCUCGAAUGGACCACAGUCCUUCACAGUGGAACAGUGGGGCACCCCUGAUAAGCUGCCAAGAGCUCACACCUGCUUCAAUCGCCUGGACCUGCCACCCUAUGAAUCCUUUGAAGAACUCUGGGAAAAACUUCAGAUAGCGAUUGAGAACACACAGGGCUUUGAUGGGGUUGAUUAGAUUAUAAGAAACAAGCUGUGGUGUCCUGUACACCAUAGUUUCUAAGCAAAAGCAAAAACAAAAUCACAUUUUAACAUUUUCCAGAUAAUUUCUAAAAGAUGGUCACUGGCUCUUCCCACCGAGACCAGAACAUGUUUAUCCAUUUUAGCCACCACCAUGCUAACCCGUUCACUUUGUCCAGUUGUUGGGGUUCACGUGUACACUAGGAUGUGAGUCCUGUAUACCUGAGUUCUGACCGUUUCACAUCUUGCUAGGCACAUCCUUCUGAAACUACUGAGAUUCCAACUGUGAAAUAUCUGUCAUAAGUAGCUGGUGGGAAAAAUUUGAUGCUUUUUUAAGAUGAAAUUUGGACAAAGAACGUCUUUAAUGAUUAGUGUACUGCGACAUACUUAGUACCCCAUGUCGCUACUUAUUCUGUAGACCUGCUAGUGUACCUUAUUGCCUAGAACCUUGAAGCCGCUUUGGAAGAUGUAUCACACGUGUUUUUAGUCACUUAAGUCACUUGUUUAAAAAAAAAAAAAGUUACUCUUCACUUGAAGUAUUUCACGUUUGUUAGCAUGCAGCUUGCGCCCACAGGCGAUCCUGGAGACAGGUGGGGCAAGCUUUUCUUUGCAAUGUGUAGUUAGUAUUAAGCCUCCUUUUUGCCUGUGCAUCCUCCAGGCUAGAGUCAUUAUGUGUUAGUGCGUUAGAAUUCCUUCAAACACGAAACAAGCUCCACAACGCAGUGUUGCUAAGCAUGCCGUGAAGAACCGAGUUACAUGUAUGACUUGCCCUUACCAGCCACUCUUCACGCUUGCAGUCACGUAGUACAUACGUGUUUACGGAGUUCAUUAUGUUUACAGAUUAAGCGAAUUUCUGUAGUUGCAUUUUUAUAUUUUUAGUAUCACAUUAGUAUAAAAUUUGUUUAAAAUAACCAAAGAGUAGUUCAGUGCAUAAUUUGUAUGAAUUUGUUACCAGGUUUCUUAUGCUUUCUAAAAAAUACUGUUUCCUAUGAAAAUUAUGUUUUAUUAAAAGUCAAAAACCCUUGGGGCAAACUGCUACAGGUGGAAGUGCCGCUGUAACCACAUUGAAGGAUAGGAAGGGAUCCCAUGCGUGAAUCUGCACACAUAAGAGAGCUGGCCGGCUGGCCAGGUCCUCGAUACAAUUGUCAGCAGUGAAAUCCAGCUCUGUCUUCAUCCUCAAGCUUAGAAAUGUGUAGGUGACUUUACUAACAAUGGAAAGUAGGCGUAGGCAGAAUGAGGCAGAAGGACAGGAAAGCGAGGUCCUGGUCCAACUGUGAAGUCAUCUGCCAAGGCUCCUUCUAUUCACCUGACUCUAAUGAUUAUACAGAAAACGUUAUUAGAUAUGAGAAAAGCAGUGUUGCAUGUACUGAAUUAGUGUAAGCUUCUGAUGUAAACUUUCUGGAAUGCUUCUAAGUAGUCUAUGGGCGCUUUAAGAAAUACUUGGGGCCAUUGACUUAAGCCCGUCAGCCCAUGCAUGGUAGAGAUUUCAGUGGCAGUAGAAAAAACGCCUUCCACAGACCACACCAUCAGGUUGGUCAGGGAAAGACACCCAAGGUCAGUGCAUGCUUCCAGACUGUCUUGAUCAGUCAGCCUGGCAUGGCCACCAUCCAUUCUUGAUUUUAACAUUGGCCAGCUGAGCCUGCAGCACGGGCCUCCAGUUUCCCCAUCUGGAAGAUGUGAAUAGCUGUGCCCACCCAUUCUCUCUCAAGGCUAUGGUAAGUUCUUAAAGAGGUACUUUCCUACGAGCCACCAGAGUGAGUCGGCUGUCUGCCCUCCCAGUAAGCAUGUUCACCUAAAAGAGAUUUAGAGUAGGCGAGGAUAAUCCCUAACAUGUGCUGGCUUAUGUGUGCGUUCAUGUAUGGAUCUCAGCGUCAAAGUUCACUUUCUCCAUAGUGGCAAAGGAACACUAAUAUGGGCUGGUGCGUUACCUGGAUUGUCUCCAUGUAUUGAACUAAGGGUGAGAACAGAAUUGUACAUGGUUGUUCGCUGUCGCCUCUGAGAACUCAUCCACAGCAGAGCUUAGCAAACACGAGCCUCCUCUCCUCCACACCCAUUUAUUUCCCUUUGAUAAUUCUGUGACUUCACUACACCCUGGUGUUAAGGAGACCAGGUGUGUCCCCACCCCUACCCCCAGGUGUGUAGUAUCAGUCUGGAGGGACCCUGGGUGGAACACCACAGCCCCCAUGCCAGUGCAUGAGAACAACUCUUUGGCAUUCUCCCACUGGGGCUUUGUAGAAUCACUCUCAAUGAAACACAAAGGCUCUGUACUUCUCUAGAAAAGUGUGUUAGCCUUCUUUUUCUCUAAUCCCCAACCCCAACAAAUGAAACACAAAAUUUCAUUACAAAAGCAAACCCAAAUGGUAUUUGUUUUCGAUUUUAUUUAUACCGCUCAAGUUCUUCCUUAUGAGUAUCAAGUUAAACACAAUUGGUUUUAAUGAUAAGCUAUUUGACAUUGUUUUUAAAUUUUUUCUUAUAUGGUAAAUGUAUAUCCAGAUUAAUGUAUCGAAAUUUAUUGCAUAAACUAUAAUCAUUUUCAAAAUCUCAAUUCCACAAAUAAAGUUCUAUUCUAAUUUUAAAAACAAA